AUGGAAGUGAGUAGCGUGGAUGAGAGUACGACGAGUACGGGUUCGAUAUGUGAAACUCCGGCGAAACAACCGGGAAAAUCGUCGGUAGGUUUAUAUCGAAUGGGAAGCGGAACAAGCGUGGUUUUAGACUCCGAGAACGGAGUCGAAGCAGAGUCGAGGAAGUUACCGUCGUCGAAAUACAAAGGAGUGGUUCCACAACCAAACGGAAGAUGGGGAGCUCAGAUUUACGAGAAACACCAGCGCGUGUGGCUCGGCACUUUCAACGAAGAAGACGAGGCGGCGCGUGCUUACGACGUCGCCGUUCACCGUUUCCGUGGCCGUGACGCCGUCACAAACUUCAAAGACGUUAAACUCGACGAUGGAGAGAUCGAGUUCUUGAACUCUCACUCCAAAUCUGAGAUCGUCGACAUGUUGAGGAAACACACUUAUAACGAGGAGCUCGAGCAGAGUAAACGGCGUCGUAACGGUAAUGGAAACACCGUUAGGACGACGGCGACGAAUACGGCGUUAGGUAAUAACGAAACGACGGAGUUUAGAUCGGCGGAGGCACUGUUUGAGAAAGCGGUGACGCCUAGUGACGUCGGUAAGCUAAACCGUUUGGUUAUACCGAAACACCACGCGGAGAAACAUUUUCCGUUACCGUCAAGUAACGUUUCCGUGAAAGGAGUGUUGUUGAAUUUCGAGGACGUUAACGGGAAGGUGUGGAGGUUCCGUUACUCGUAUUGGAACAGUAGUCAAAGCUAUGUGUUGACCAAAGGUUGGAGUAGGUUCGUUAAGGAGAAGAAUCUACGUGCUGGUGACGUGGUUAGCUUCAGUAGAUCGGACGGCCAGGAUCAGCAGUUGUACAUUGGGUGGAAAUCGAGAUCCGGGUCGGAUUCGGAACCGGGUCGGGUUUUGAGAUUGUUCGGGGUUAAUAUAUCGCCGGAGAAGAGUUUGAGAAACGACGUCGUAGGGAACAAGAGAGUGAACGAUACUGAGAUGUUAUCGUUGGUGUGUAGUAAGAAGCAACGCAUCUUUCACGCCUCGUAA